AAGUUGAGAAAGUAGAUAUAGCAAACAUUGACAGUCGAUUAGCAAGAUUCAAGAACCACUCCGGAUAAGAUAAAUCAGACCAUAAAGAGAUUAUCAAUGGCUUCUCUGGCAUCAAAUUUGUCAUGGAAUUCAUCUUCAUGGCUUAAUAACCGCACCCUAACAAGGAGCACCAACGAAGGCAUCAAAAUUUCCGAUAAAAGCUCAGAUUUUGUAAUUUUGGCUCAAAAGAAAGCGAAGAAAACUCGAAAGAUAAUACUGAUUGAGGAUGUUACUGAUGUGGGGAAGAAAGGGCAGCUUUUGGAUGUCAAAGCUGGGUUUUACCGAAACUUUCUGCAUCCUUCAGGAAAAGCGCGGAUUGUUACUCCCAUUCUUCUCAAGGAAAUGAAGGUUGAAGAAGAGAGAAUUGAGGCUGAAAAGAAACGGGUAAAAGAAGAGGCCCUGCAACUUGCUAGAAUUUUUGAAACUGUUGGAGCUUUCAAAGUGAAACGUAAGGGAGGGAAAGGAAAGCAAAUUUUUGGAAGUGUUACUGCUCAAGAUCUUGUUGACAUAAUUAAGGCACAACUUCAAAGGGAUAUUGAUAAAAGAAUUGUCACGUUACCCGAGAUCCGAGAAACAGGAGAAUAUAUUGCAGAGUUGAAGCUUCAUCCUGAUGGCGUAUUUCAAGGAUGAAAACUUUGAGUAGUUUUAGAAUCGCAAAUAGAGCUGCCCAAGUUUCAAGAACAUAUUUUUUUUUGUUACUUUUAUUGUGUUUUAUAUGCUCACAAUAUAACAUUGGUAUGUACACAUGCUUGCUCUUAUUUGUUGAUAUUUUGGAUCAUUAGUUCAUUUCCAAUGAAAUUUCGUGAAACAUUUCUACAU